AUGGCUCCAGCUAAUUUACCCUCGAUAUUCAAUGCCACCUCUCAAGACAUUGAGAUGCUGCUCGCAGCUCAAUGCCACAUUGGCUCCAAAAAUUUACAAGUGCACAUGGAGCCUUACCUUUGGAAAACACGGCCAGACGGUGUGAACGUGAUCAAUUUGGGCAAGACCUGGGAGAAGAUCGUGCUCGCAGCCCGGAUCAUCGCAGCUGUCGACAACCCCGCAGAUAUUGCCGUGAUCAGCGCUCGUCCCUACGGCCAACGCGCCGUCCUCAAAUUCGCUGCUCAUACUGGUGCAGCUGCUAUCGCUGGAAGAUUCACACCUGGAAAUUUCACCAACUACAUCACCCGCUCCUUCAAAGAACCCCGCCUCAUCAUUGUCACAGACCCUCGCACCGACGCUCAAGCUAUCAAAGAGGCAUCAUAUGUGAACAUUCCUGUCGUCGCCCUUGCCGAUACCGACAGUCCCACCGAGUUCGUCGAUGUGGCUAUCCCGACCAACAACAAAGGGCGUCACGCCAUCGGUCUUGUCUGGUGGAUGCUUGCACGUGAAGUCUUGAGAUUGCGAGGCAGUCUUGCAGACCGUGAGACGGAAUGGGAUACGAUGGUGGAUCUGUACUUCUACCGCGACCCAGAAGCAGAAGAGAAUAAGGACGCGACCGGCGUUGAGGAAGGAAAAGUACCAGGUGCGGAUGAUGUGGGGACUCAAGCUAUCGACCAAGGCUUUGCCGGCAAUCAAGAGUGGGAGGUACAAGGCAGCGCACCAGCAGGUGCUUUCGCAGCCCCAUCGGGUACGGCUGGAGCUCAGGCUGGCGCCUCAUGGGAGGCCGACGGCACGGAUUGGGCUGCCGGAAAGCCGGCACAGACAGGAAACGAAGGGUGGAGUGCAGAGGCCAAGCCGACCGAAAACGUGCAGUGGUAA